GUAGAAGUUGUGCCUGGGAUUGAGCACAGCUUGUUAUCAGUCUACUUUCGCUGCCCUGCAGUCAGAUUGCAAUUCGAAACCAAUUCUGUACGAUAAGAUUUUCAAAAAUGUCGUUACUUGCUCGUCCGCGUCCCGUCGUCGGAAGCAGUUCCUCUUCCUCCUCGUCCAGCAGCAAUGCCCAUGCCACGCCCAGCUACGCGUUGCACGCGAAGCAGCAGCGCAAGAAGCUUCUUCUCCAAUCCCACUUCAACGCGGAGGAUGGCACCCUUGCCGCGUUGGUGGAGAACAAAAACGCGCCGGUUUGUCCCAUGUGCAAGGAAACGCUCCUACCGCGGAACGCGAAGCGACUCCCCUGCGGCUGCGGCUUCCACUUUGACUGCAUCGACCCCUAUCUGCGGCGGGAACUGCAGCGAAGCGCCAACGUACAGCCCGUGUGUCCCACGUGCAGGAAACCCGCGGUGGAAACCGUGUCGUCGAUUAUCGCCAAGAGAAAGCAGAAACUGUUAGACGACCCAGGGAGCAAGCAGCAACGUAUAGAUAGCAUACUGAACGAGGCAAUGGCAGAAGUGAAGACCUGAUUAGCCUGCUUCUGGAUCCUUUGAUAAAGUCAUGUUCAGAAAGUAAGUAGGGGAAAUCCCGUUUUUUAGCGGUGUCAUUCGCUUCCGAAAAAAACAGCCAUGUGUGUGUCGACACCUCGCGGAAGACUUUCGCACAACUUGCGCAAAUAUGGCCGCGGGGAGGACUAUUAUCAGGAGGUCGCCGACCUCUGGGGCGAAGACCAACACGAGGCAAUUUCCGAGCUGCGACGAAAAAGAGACGCGGCGUGCAAAGAAAAAAAUGCAACGGUAUUGUUUCAUGAAUAAUUACAAUUGCGUAUUGCGACCUAUGAUGUAUAGUGUUUCAGUGUAUUCGCUUUUCAUUACCUUCGUUCUUUCGAACAAUGGUCGCACUUUCUGUAUAACAUCAUUUUCGAACCACUUAUCAGUCCGCAGACGCGCUGUUCGAAGCUCGGGACGCUGAGAUUCGUGACCGUUUCAGAGAUUUCGUCGAAAACGGCGAGUAUGAAUUUGAAUUACCAGAGUUCAUGAGAAUGCACCAAAGUAGCAAGCGGCUCACGGAAACGGAUGCAGCUGGCGGUGCGGUCCCAGAGCCGGAAAUGUCCACCACAGCUUCGGAGUCCGAUGGCGUGAUGAGUAGCAAGAUGAAGUCCUUGCGUCUGUCCAGGAAGAAUAAGAUUAGUGGAGAAGUCGAUGCGACAAAGCCAGCAACUGAAGACCAGGGGGCUAAAAUUUCGUCCAAAGCAGGUCGCGAAAGCGAAAGCAGUGUACUACUCCCUACUUCCGCAGCUACUGACCACGACCGGAUGACACCGCGGAGCAGCACAAAUUUGAACGCUGCUAGUUCCGCAACCGCAGCUGCUACCCGGAGGACGAGUAAGAUUCUUCCACUGAGCAAGCUUGAACAGAGGUCUCGAGUGAAGGUGCCGGGGUUGAAGCUGACGCCGCGGAACGAGGUGAGGAAUCAAGAUUUGUUACUGUACCGCAACCCAACGAGCAUCUUGCGAAGGGAAGAAGCAGCUCCUUCCGCUGCGGAUGGGAAGCAGGAAAAAGAAGAUGGCGAAUCGUCUCGAGUCCCUGAUGUUGACUCUGGUUCUUGCAACAAGGAGAACGAGCCCCAGACCUACGUCGAGGAGGAAAACAGUUCCGCCGACGCAGAAGUUUUUCAACACCGCGAGAAUACCAAAGCUGAGCCCCCUGACGCUCCGGAUUCUCGAUCGAACCUUUUGAUGAAUCGACGGGAAACCGUCGACGACGGGGUGGAUGUUGAUGAUGAGCUUGCUCUUGUUGUUGCGCCUAAUAUUUUUAGCGAUUUAGCAACAACACCGAGGGAAACGUCGAAGAUCGACAGCAAAAUGCGGGUAGCGAUGAACGGAAUGCGCAAACCCGCAAGGCGCAAAGGCGCUUUGUCGAAGAUCCACGCUGCGAUGGAUAUCGCGAAGGAAAUCGACGCGCAGCCCACACUAUCCGUUGCAAAUAUGUCUGGGUCUGGAAACUUGUGAUGCAAGUCCGUGAACAAUAAGUGCUCUGUGAUGCGCCGCCAAGCAUGACAAGGUUUUUCGUGCUUCCGUGCUGCGUAUUUCGCAUGAGAAAUUGCGCCUCUGCAUGACAGGCAAGAGGACCUCUUGGUGGCCACGCAAUACAGACUGCAGAGUUACGCCAGACUAGCAUGACAAACGUCGCAAUCUACCAGACCCAGACAUAUUUGCAUUUGAUACACACUAAGUCUGACGGCGAAUCGGAGGCUGAACGAGGGCAGAGCUACGAAGAAGACGGGCAAGAAAACGGCGGGGGUGAAAUUUGCGGUGGAUGAUUAGUCACUACUUACACUGGCUUCAAAAAGAAGCGCAGCUGAUUUUGUUUCAAACAGUGUCAUGGCAAGUUGUGAAGAUGAAAAGGAGUUUCUGAUUGUAAAAUGGGUAUAGCGUAGUUCACGUUCUUGAAGGAUUCAU